AUGCCACGACACGGGGUGUUCCCUCCGGUACUCUUUGCUCUUAAAGCUUGUACUGGGAGGAUAGUCAGUGAAGUCACCGUCGAUGAAUUUCCCCCACUCUCGAUUGAGAAAUCUCUCCUCGACGGGCAAACCCGUGUCAAAGUCAAUGAUCUUGUAGCUGGUUAUAGCCCAGGCAGCCAAAAACGCAAAAGUUUUCACUCAUGGGUCAAAGGUUCUAUCAAUGAUGUUCAUCUCCCUGUUGAAUCAUACCACCUUUAUGACCCUUUUGGUCAGAGAAUAAAGCAUGUGACAAGGUUUGACUAUGACAGGAUUUCGACUGUUGUGGAGUUGUGCAUCCUAGCAGGGGUGGAUUUACCAGGAUACCCUUCACGUAGAAGAACCGAACCCAUUAGAAUGUCUAGGAAGAAAGUGAUCGAUCGAGGUGGAUUCGUUGAGGAGCCAAAACCAUGUCAAUCUAGAGACUCUUACCCACUCAUUGAACUUGAUACAUUUGAGGAUCAUGUUAUGCGUUUUUCACCUCCUGCAGCAUUUGAUGUUUCAAAAAUUGCACAGGAGACUCUCGAUGUGUACGAGAAGGUGAGAUGGGGUGCGAGGAAGUUGAUGAGGAAAUAUUCAGUGAAGGCAUGCGGGUAUUGCUCUGAGGUUCAUGUUGGACCAUGGGGGCACAAUGCAAAGCUUUGUGAUGCAUUUAAGCACCAGUGGAGAGAUGGGAAACAUGGUUGGCAGGAUGCAACUGUAGAUGAUGUUGUCCCACCGAAUUAUGUAUGGCAUGUGCAAGAUCCAAAGGGACCCCCAUUGAUAGGUUUGCUGAAGCAGUUCUAUGGUAAGGCUCCGGGUAUUGUAGAAAUGUGCAUGCAUGCAGGUGCAGAAGUCCCUGAUAAGUACAAGCCCAUGAUGAUGCUCAACAUUGUGGUUUUUGGCUUAUAA